AUGACGAGCAGCAAAGACGAUCUACGGGAUCCAAAGUUUUGGCGAGCUGUCGUUGGAGAGUUUCUCGCCACCACCUUAUUCGUGUUUAUCGGGAUAGGUUCAACAUGUGGCUGGAAUCCACCGUAUACCCCGAGUAUGGUACAGAUAGCACUGUGUUUUGGACUCACCAUCGCCACAAUGGUGCAGUGCUUUGGACACGUCAGUGGAGCGAAUAUCAAUCCGGCAGUAACUUGUGCGUUGCUCGUUACAAGAAAAAUCAGUUUUCUGCGGGCUUUUCUCUAUGUGAUCGCCCAAUGUAUCGGCGCGGUUGCUGGCGCUGGCUUGAUUUAUGGUGUUACGCCAGCCGGUGUCCGGGGAGGUCUCGGGGCGACUUCACUCGGUACUGGCGUUGCCGUCGAGCAAGGAUUCGCCAUCGAGUAUUUGAUAACGUUUGAGUUGGUGUUCACAGUCUUUGCUACCAUCGAUCCGAACAGAAAAGAUCUACAAGGAUCCGCCUCAUUAGCCAUAGGAAUAGCCGUUGUUAUUGGCCACUUAUUUGCGAUUCAGUUCACCGGGGCUAGCAUGAAUUCGGCUCGUUCAUUUGGCCCAGCGGUUAUAAUGAAUUUCUGGGAGGAUCACUGGAUAUACUGGGCUGGACCAAUAUUAGGUGGCAUCACUGCGGGUGUUACGUACGAGUACCUAUUCUCCGCCAAAACCACCAAGGACACUAUCAGUAGCUGUAUGCUCUCCAGACAAGACAGUGAACUCAUUGAGGAAAAGGUUUCAACAGUCUAACUGAUGACAUUGGUUACAUCGUCACUAAAUCGUGGACAAAAAUAUGACAGGCAAUAUCAAAAGUUGCGUGAACAUACCCUUGAGUUUCGUCGCCUGCGGGCGCCAUAACUACACAAGUUUUGUGGCGGACGCGCGACGAUCACGGUUGAAGGUCCAUUUAGGCAAAUUUCAAAAUAUAUUACGAGUUAUUUUUCUUAUCAUAUACUGCAUAUGAAACAAGUUCCCCCAUCAUUGGUAUGAAUAAAUACAUGUUUUAAA